ACGUCCCCGCCGGUCCCGCCGGGGCGAGUCCCCCACCCAGACACGUCCCCGUCGGUCUCUGGGAGUGCAGUCUCUCCCAAGGUUUUCUCUUGUCCACUCUCGGUUUCCCCGGCGACUUCCUCGGAGUGUGUCAACUCUUUUUGUACAUAACAAAGCGGACUAGACGAGCAAGCGCCUCCUCUUCCUCGUGGUCGUCGCCAUGUCCCUCUUCACGACGCACCACACGAUCCCGAUGGGGCACGGCUGCCGAGACACCGCCUCGGGCUCGACCUUCGCCUCCUUCCUCGGCGUGAUCGUGAGCGUGAUCAACGCGCGCCUGGACCGCGAGCACCUCCAGGCACAGCAGGCGCGUCUGCGCAGCCAGGAUCACGACGAGGAGUACGACUUCGUGGUGGUGGGCGGCGGCACGGCGGGCUGCGUGCUGGCGGCGCGGCUGUCGCAGGAGCCCGGCGUCAGCGUGCUGCUGCUGGAGCGCGGCGGCACCGAGCCGCCGGAGGCCAGGGUGCCGGGCUUCCUGACGUACGUCUUGAUGGGCAACACGGCGGAGUACAUCAAGGCCCAGCCGGAGCCCCAGAACUGCAACGGCACGGGCUGCCACUUCCCGGUGCCCUACGUCCUGGGCGGCGGCUCCGCCGUCAACGGCAUGAUGUUCAUCCGGGGCAGCUCGGUGGACUACGACGACUGGGCCGAGGCCACGGGCGACGCGGGCUGGAACUCCACCAACAUGCUGGCCGUGUUCAAGAGCGCCGAGAACAACCAGGACCCGGCCGUCGCGACGCGGGAGUCGGAGUACCACUCCCGCGCGGGCCCCCAGCCCGCGUCCUGGCAGCCCUACCGCCACCCCUCGCUGCAGGCCGUGGCCGAGGCCAUGGAGGCCGCCGGGGUGCCCUACCGCCACGACGUGAACGGCGAGUCGCAGCUGGGCCACUCCUUCGUGCAGACGUCGACGAGGGACGGCGAGCGAUGGAGCACGUACAGGAGCUACCUCCUCCCCGCCCUCGGCAGGCCCAACCUGUUCGUCGAGACGUUCGCCAAGGCCACCCGGGUCCUGUUCGAGCAGCUCGACAAGGCCAAGCCGACGGCCGUGGGGGUCGAGUACAGGAACGCAGCCGGGCAGGUGCGCGUCGUCAGGGCCAGGAAGGAGGUGGUGCUGACUGCGGGGGCCAUCCACUCGCCGCAGAUCCUUCAGCUGUCAGGCAUCGGACCGGCAGAGCAGUUGCAGGUGCGUCCCAAAUAACCUUCCCAUUGAAAACACGACUGACG